AUGGCUCCCCCAACAGCAACCGAGACUGUUAGCAACAUUACCGUGCAAGCCCGGCAGUCGAGUCAGGCCGCGGGCGCGGAAAAGGCCAAGGUCAAGAUGCAGAUGCCCAGCAUGCCCAAGUUCGAAGAUAAAAAGGAGGAGCGGGACUAUCUCAAGGGCCGUCUAGCUGCUGCAUUCCGGAUCUUUGGCAAGAAUGGAUACGACGAGGGUGUUGCGGGCCAUAUCACUCUUCGCGACCCAGUCGACCCGACGACUUUCUGGGUGAAUCCCUUCGGUACUGCUUUCUCCUUGAUCAAGGCUUCGGAUUUGAUUCAGGUCGAUCACUCGGGCAAGGUCAUCGACGGCGGACCUAACCGUAUGCUCAACGCGGCGGCUUUCAUGAUUCAUUCGGCUAUUCAUGCCGCCCGGCCGGAUGUACUGUGUGCAGCUCAUAGCCACAGUUUGUAUGGACGCUCGUUCUGCUCGCUGGGUCGGCCACUCGAUAUCAUUUCCCAGGACUCCUGUGCAUUCCAUGAUGACCACGUUGUGUACAAACAGUUCAAUGGCAUCGUCCUCGCUGAGGAGGAAGGCAAGAUAAUCGCUGCGGCGCUGGGCAAUAAGAAAGCAGCCCUUCUGCAGAACCACGGUCUUCUGACUGUUGGCAAGAGCAUUGAAGAGACCAUUUUCUGGUUCGUGAGUCUGGAGAAGUGUUGUCAUGCGCAACUACUUGCCGACGCUGCGGCGACCGGUCGAGGGGGCCAGACCGUCAAGAUUGACGACGCAGACGCUGCCUUCACAUACAAGACUGUUGGCACGCCCCUGGCUGGAUGGUUCGGCGCGAAACCGCUGUUUGAUGUCAUCCAUAAGGAAACCAACGGAGACUAUCUGGAAUAG